AUAUAUAGAUUAUUCGAAAAACGAUGAUCCAUAUGAGAUAAAGUUCGGUUCGUCGGUCCGUGUAAAUACGUUUACAGAUUUUAAGCAUAUAGAUUUAAACCGGUCCGGUCCACGAAAGAUAGACUUGAUAUUACGAUUUGUUAAAAGUUACCGGAGUCACCCGCGUUAACUACUCGUAUAUGUCUGUAUCGCUAAGAAGGACCCGAUAAUCAAAUGGUUUUGAAUGUGACCCGACCCGACCCGACCCGGUCCGAAUUUGUGAGCAAGAGGUGUGUAAUUUGUAAAAAAGGCGCUCCACUCCAGCGACCAAAUUUCUUCUCCACUACGAAAACGGAGACUGAGAGCAGCAGCGACGAGCUUCGUCGGCGGCGUUCUCCGACCUCACUGCCAAUCUCCGAUUAUAAAAUUAGAUCUCCGAUUAAGAAUUCGAAACAUCAGAUUUCAUCAAAAAAUAAUCUGUUACUGGAUUUACGUUUCGUUUGCGUCACGAUCAGAUCUCCAUGAUCCCUUAUCCGCUUUCGUUGGGGUUCCUUAAACCUUGAUGCAACGGUUUAAUGCUCGUUCCGGGUUGAAAUUCAAAUCAGAUAUGAGAGAUCCUCCCGAGGUUCAGACUUCACCUGGCAACCACCGAUCAUCGCCGUCCACCGUCGCUAAACCCAAGUGGAAGCACACCAAAUCGAUUGUCUUCGUAAUCGUCUCUUGUGUAACUAUUGCGUUGGGAUUAUUCUUUGUUUGCUAUUCAAUUUCACGCUCCGGAAGGAAUCGGAGAGUUUCGCUCCGAUACAGUAUCAUUAUCGAUGGCGGGAGUUCAGGGACCCGAGUUCAUGUGUUCGGGUACCGGAUUCAAUCCGGUGAACCGGUUUUCGAUUUCGGAGAGGAGAGUUACGGUAGUUUGAAGUUGAGUCCUGGAUUGUCUGCGUAUGCUGAGAAUCCGGAGGGAGUGAGUGAGUCAGUGACGGAGCUUGUGGAAUUCGCGAAGAGGAGAGUUCCCAAGGGAAAGUUGAAGAAGAGUGACAUUAGGUUAAUGGCUACUGCUGGAAUGAGAUUGCUUGAAUUGCCUGUUCAAGAACAGAUUCUUGAUGUUACUAGAAGAGUUCUUAGAUCUUCUGGCUUUGAAUUUCGAGAGGAAUGGGCUUCUGUUAUCUCUGGAUCUGAUGAAGGUGUAUAUGCUUGGGUUGUUGCUAACCAUGCUCUCGGUUCGCUUGGAGGUGAACCUUUAAAAACAACAGGAAUUGUUGAACUCGGUGGGGCUUCUACCCAGGUGACAUUUGUAUCAAGUGAGCUUGUGCCUUCUGAAUUCUCCCGUACUUUAGACUAUGGAAAUGUCUCAUACAAUCUCUACAGUCACAGCUUCCUCGAUUUUGGACAGGAUGCAGCACAAGAAAAGUUAUCGGAAUUCCUACACAACUCAGCUGCAAACUCUACAGGGGAAGGAAUAGUUCCUGACCCUUGUACUCCAAAAGGGUAUAUCCUUAAAACAAAUUUACAAAAAGACUUACCUGGAUUCUUGGCUGAUAAAGGAAAAUUUAUAGCCACCCUUCAAGCUGCUGGUAAUUUCUCAGAGUGUCGAUCUGCUGCAUUUGCCAUGUUGCAGGAAGGAAAAUGGAAAUGUACUUAUAAGCAUUGUUCUAUUGGAUCAAUAUUCACACCUAAUCUUCAAGGAAGUUUUUUGGCUACGGAGAAUUUCUUCCACACCUCCAAGUUCUUUGGGUUGGGAGAAAAAGAUUGGCUGUCUGAAAUGAUUUUGGCCGGAAAUAGAUUCUGUGGAGAAGAUUGGUCGAAAUUGAAAGUGAAAUAUCCAACUUUUAAGGACGAGAAUUUGCUUCGGUAUUGUUUCUCAUCAGCAUAUAUUAUAUCAAUGCUUCAUGAUAGUCUUGGUGUUGCUCUUGAUGAUAAAAGAAUCAAGUAUGCAAGUAAAGCAGGAGACGACGACAUACCACUAGAUUGGGCAUUAGGUGCUUUUAUCCUUAAUACUGCCACAGCCACUUUUGAUUACAGUGGUAAAUCUAGAAAAAUUCUUGACUUGAGUAAUGUAGCCAAAUACAAAACAUGAGAUUACUUGGUAUAAACAGAGAUUGUUUUCAGAUCAAACAAGUAAAUUAUUAUGAUGUAUAUGUAUUUACGUCAACUCGUGUUUGGAGCUACAGUCUUCAUUAAUCUCUUUUUGUGAAA